GCCGCUGGUACCACACCACCAGGCGCACCGGCAUCUUUCGUCUCUGCUGACUCAGUGCCUUACCGGCAGCCUUCACAUCCCGAGACACAGCCUCCAACAAUCGACGCUCACUCCUCCGGCUAAAACCUGACCCUGUACCAGCGCGCAGACAUGGCGAAAACCGCAAUCGCUUACAAAGAGAAGAUGAAGGAGAUUUCUGUUUUCUCACUUAUUUGCUCUUGUCUGUAUCCCGAGAAUCGCAAAAACAUCAUGGGUGACUUUGAAGUUCUUACAUGCACACACACAGACUUGGACAUCAAGCCCUUAAACAAGCGGGCCUCCGGUCAGGCCUUCGAGGUCAUCCUGAAGCCAACCUCCCCCGUGUCGGAAACUGCCCGCUGCAUCACCAGCCCCCCGAAGAGGGACAUUUCCCUGGAGGACAUUCAGAAGAAGCUGGAUGCAGCUGAGGACCGGAGGAGAUCCCUGGAGGCAGAGAUCCUUCGGAUCCUGGCUGAGAAGCGGGAGCACGAGCGCGACGUGCUGGUGAAGGCCAUGGAGGAGAAUAGCAACUUCAGCCGCAUGGCGGAGGAGAAGCUCCAGAUAAAGAUGGAGCAGAGUGAGGAGAACCGACUGGCCUUCCUGGCUGCCAUGAUGGACCGCCUGCAGGAGAGGGAGAAACAUGCACAGGAGGUGCGCAGGAACAAGGAGUUGAGAGAAGAGUUGACAGCGUGAGAAGCACCAGCAGGUUCUACACCCCCACGACUCCCCCACAAACACCCCAUCUUCCCCACAUAUCCCCAAAUUUUCUGCUCCUUGCCAUAAUCCCACAUAGUAGGAAACUACCACAGCCCGAGAUGCCACCCCGAGACAGUGGGAGCUUCAGAUGGGGUUGGGGGUGAGGAAAAAGAAGAAAAAGAAAAAAAAAGGAAAAAAUUCCUUAAAAAAAAUGAAAAAAAUUUAAUGUUUCCCCCUCAUAUUUCCAAAAAAAGAAUGUUUUUGCUGUGUUUCGAAUGAGAAAAAAAGAAGAAAAAUCUAACUGACAAGCAACAGUGGGUAUCGGUUUUUGUAAAUACUUCGUUUUUUUUGUUAUAAACGGUGCGACACAAGCAGCAAAAGUAUUGAUUGCAGUGUGCCAUUUAUAGGUAUAAUUUUUCUCUUCCUGCAUAUAUAUUUGGAUGUAAUAAUUUUAAUUUCAAUGUUUUUUUUUCUUCAUUUCAGCCUGAGAAUCUUUUUUUAUUUAAAGUUUCUAUUGUGCCGUUAAGAGGCUUAGGUGUUUGUUGUGAGUUUGUCGGCUAGCUGAUGUUUGCCGUGACACUUCGUGUCGUCACACAGCGUCCAUCCACCUUUCAGAGUGCACACUCGACUUCCUGCCCAACCUGGAAGCUAAACCAGAUACCUGGCGGGUCGGAGUGUUUUUUUUUCCAUCCGCAUUAUGCCAGUAUUCCAAUUAGCGGGGGAGGCAUGUGCACGGAAGUUGGCAGAUGGAAAAGGCACAUUUUGCUUUCUGUGGGCGAUUCAAACCGUCACUGCAUGUCCACUCCUGUGAGGUAGAUGUGAAUGUACCACAGGAGAAGACUAUAGCAUUUAAUGAGCCCGUUCUCAUCUUCUCUCUCUGUCCGUAACCUCUUUUUCACACAUUUCUCUGCCUGCAUAUUUACCGUAGACACACACGCUGCUCCAUGUGGGCAGAUGUUUAGCGAAUUAUAGCACCGAGCUCAGGAGGAAGCUUGCUAAAUUCCAUCCAUCUGGCACAAGAAGACUCACAUGGCAUUCCCUAUCAGUGGCGGCGGGGCCUCGAACUCUCCCCAGAAACGAGAUCCCGAUCGCGGAUAACACACACGUUUACCCACAGCACAUCCCAGAACAAAUCACAGAGCUCAAGUUGAGACUUUUUCUGCUGUAAAUAUUAGAGUGGGAAACAUAUGGAAGCACUGUUCUCUACGUAUAGAGGCUAGAAUGUAGUGCACAACAUCAGCGUUCACAUCAUCAGCAUCUAGUGCAGCUGCAUUUCACUGCAAGUCACUGAAAAUGAAACAAUUAUAUGUAAGCCAUAACAGACAUCACUGCAGCAAUGGCCCACAAACACUGAAGCACCCUAAUGGUUUGUUGUGGGUCACAGAUGUGUGCGUUUUUUAGAUAAAAUGUGGGCGUGCCGUGUCAUGUUGAUCAUUUGAAGAGUAACAACUGGUGAAGUCCAUCAGAGACUGACUCCACCCACUAACUAUCCUGUUGUCUGGCUCUACUCUAUCAUUUGUGUGUUUCUCCUUUCUCCACUUAUAUCUUUGUGAGCAAGCAGUGGAUAAUAAAGAUUCGGGGUUCAGUGAAU